AUUGGCUCCCAACGUAACAUUCGCGGCACUCGCUAGUCUUCGGUUGCUCUUUUUUUUCUUCUUCAAAUUCAACUGAAAUAUUCACCACAAACACGUUGAAUUUGUUUUGAAGAAACUUGGAGCAAAGUUUUGACAGAAUGGAAGCUCUUUCGGAGCCGGGUUCGUGACUGAACUUCGGUGAUGGAGGAGGUGCUCGGAAUCGCACCUCACUCGCUGGCCGUGGUGCUAUCGAGGGUGAGCGGUCACCGUGAAGAUGAGAACUCGGUACAACCAACGGUACCGCCACCACCGGUGCCGGCAGGAUACCAGGUGUUUGCGGACUUUAAGGCCACCAACAUGCGACAUUUCUGGAACCAGGCGCUCACCCGGGCCCUGGUGGAGGUAUUCUUCCUGGGCUGGCUCCAGGAGCAUGUGCUGCUCAUUAGCGGCCGCGAAGAUCACCUCCAAGUGCUCAGGAACGGAUGGACAAGAAGGACCCUGAAGGCACCACCGGGCUUUCACAUCACCUCCAUUGGUGAUGUGUCGCCCAUCAGCAUGUCACCCAUCAGCCAGUCGCAGUUCAUCCCUCUGGGUGAGAUCCUGUGUCUGGCGGUCUCGGCUAUGAACGCUGCGCACAAGCCCGUCAGCCAGGAGGCUCUGGUGGAGCACCUUACUGCCAGCUUCCCAGGCGUGCCAACACCCAGCUUGGAGGUUCUGCGACACACCCUGAACAUGCUGGUGCGAGAAAGGAAGAUCUAUCCGACUCCAGAGGGCUACUUCAUCGUCACACCCCAGACCUACUUCAUCACGCCAUCCCUCAUCAGAAGCAACAACAAGUGGUACCACCUGGAUGACCGGCUGCAGGAGCGACAAGCGCACCCCCAACUUCAAUCUCAGCAGUGUACUUCACCCAAGUCGGGUAACGUCACACCGUCCACGCCCGGUUGCCUGUCGGAGAGGCCCUCACGCAAGAAUCACAAUGACUCAUACAAUUCCCGACGAGAUGAGCUGCCCAGGCUUCAGAGUAAGACACCAAAGGAGCACCCGAAGGCCGACCCCCAACCGAGUAAGACCCCUAAGGACCACGGAGGCAGCGAACCUCCAGCGAGAAAGGAGCACCGCGGAGAACCGCCGUCCUACCCCUACCCACCUCCUCUCACGUCCCCCCCUGUCCAGCAACCGCCACAAGAUCUGGCGGAAAAGAGUAAAAGCGUCACAUCAUUCCCUUACAAAACAGACACCCUGACCAAAAAGAAAGAGGGGAGCGGAAGCAGCGAGAAACUAUCCAAGCGUUUCGGGCUCCGGCUCUUCCGCCUGAGCUUCAAGAAGGACAAGAUGAGACAGCUCGCUACUUUCUCGGCACAGUUUCCACCGGAGGAGUGGCCACUGCGCGACGAGGACGUGCCUGCCGCGCCCAUCCCACGUGAAAUAGAGAUGGAGAUCAUCCGGCGUAUCAACCCGGACCUGACGGUGGAAAAUGUGGCCCGGCACACGGCCGUGAUGAAGCGGUUGGAGGAAGAGCGCACGCAGAAACACAAGGCGGGGUCGUCGGCGCAGCACAGUGCUCGCAGCCGACGCGGUCGUGGCCACCGGCGGGCCCCGCACGGUAAGUCUCGCUCACACAGCAAGCCACGGACCUGCCGGGGGGAGCCUUCGGAGGGCUCGAAUUGGGAUCUUCUUUUCAUGGAAAGGGAUUACCGUUUCUUCAGUCACUCGUUGGUCCGCUCCCCUCGGGAGGCCAUGUACACCCUGGAGCGACGGCGGAGCGGCGUUGCCACGUACCUCGUCCACAGCAACCCUAACAUUACAGAGUCAUACUGCCCGGUCACGCCCGAGUGGGACGUGUCCGGGGAGCUCGCCAAGAGGAGGACAGAGAUGCCCUUUCCCGAGCCCUCUCGUGGCACGUGUCAGUCUAGGGUUCAGAGGAGUCACAGUCACAAUCAGGACCGUAAGUCACGUCACGACCGGUCAGACCAAGCGAAGGAGCGGUCUCGUUCCAUGGACAACUCCCUUAAAGGGCCAUCACUUGGACCACUGGAAGACUUUGAGGACGGACCGGACAAGCGUGGCCACUACUACACGGACGACGGCACAUUGCGCGCUACGCAGAAGUCGGGCCACUACUCAAGGAUCAUGUUCUCUGCUGCUAAGUUCCACUCUGAUUUCAAUGUGCCUGAUUUAGGGAAAGGGAGCGUGGACGAGUUACGGGUCCGCAGUACGAUGGAGAGGAACAAGAGCAAAGACAGCCUGCCGACGUACAAUGAGCUCAUGGGACUUUCUCCAAAGCCCUCAGCGGAUGAGUACUUCCAGUGCAAUACGUCAAAUGAAACAAUCCUAACUGCCCCCUCGCCUCAGGCAAAAUCAGAAUAUGACACAUUAACCUCAUCAGGAGGACGCCGAAAGGGCUCUCCGGCAGACCGCCAAACGCCUCACCUUACCUCUCCGCACAAGAUGGAGUACAAGGAGGACUUGUCGGCGGCAAAGGGACAGAGCGGCGGCGGGGGCUCUGUCCGAUUGACGCCGAGCCAGACGCCUGAGCCGGUGCAGAGUGCCCGCCUGACACCACACCAACACAACGUGGACCCCGGAGGGGGCGGCGGCGGAAGCAUGUCAAUCAAAAGAAAGGAGAUCUUCAGCAAGGACACCUUGUUCAAACCCCCACACAAUGCCUUGUCCGCGGGCUAUGCGGACAGCAGCUACACCAAGUCUGGCACAUUGCGGAAAGCCUCGCACGCCAAAUCAACAGAGGCCCUCGACAAUCCCGAGCCCCAGCAGCCUUCCAAUUCAGCCGCUUCUUCGGCUUCACCCGUGCUGUUACAGGGCAGCUUAGAGCCAACUGUCCCAUCCGCCUCCUUUGACUACUACAACGUCUCGGACGACGAGGAUGACGAGGAGGCGGAGGAGGACUCGCACAAAGAGUUGGCCAAGGCAGAGGAUGGCAAGGACCACCGAGAAGCAGGUAGUAACGGCGGGGGUAGUGGCACCGGUGGAGGCGGCAUUGUGGGUGGUGGCGGCGAGGAGGGAACCAUAAAGUGGCUACUGGAGCGGGAGAAGGAGCAUCAUCUGCAGCGCAAACUGGAGACCAAUCUAACCCUACUUAGCCCCAAGGAGACGGAGAACAGCAGCAGUCAGAAGUCGGCCCACUCGGCACGUUUGGACAGCAUGGACAGUAGCAGCGUCACGGUGGACAGCGGAUUCAAUUCACCCAGGACGCGUGAGAGCCUGGCGUCCAACACGUCCAGCAUUGUGGAGAGCAAUAGACGGCAGAACCCGGCUCUGAGCCCCGGGCACCACGUGGGCCUGGGCGGCGCAGGGCUGCCCUUCAGCUUCCGCGCCAUCCCCGAGCCGCCCGCCCCGUCACAGCCUGACAAACUCCAGAAGCCCGCCAACUGCCUGGCCUCCAUCACCAGCGUGUAGACGCCUCGUCAAGUAAGCCAGGGGAGUGCUUUGACCGCUUUCUUUUUGGUUUUCUUUAUUUUUUCUUCUGGUGUCUCACACAUAAAGUACACACACCUUGGGACUCCUGAAAAUCGACUGGGACUGUUACAAACAAACAAAAACAAAACAGGCAUGGCUUCUAGAGACUGUUCCCACAGCUUCAAAAGGAACUUGACUGCAAAACAUAAAAUAAUAAUAAUAAGGAAAUACGAGAAGACUAACAGAAAACCUUUGGGUGACUUAUAUGGAGAUUUACCGGUAUUGGAAAGUAGUAGAGUAUAGGAUUCAAGUAACAUUUGGAAGAUUUUUCUAUCACCUCGUGUCCAAUUCAGUGUUCUUCUUCCCGAACAAAGGCUCAACGGAUCAGCACAAUGUGAAGAACGCCACAAGAAGAAGAAGAAGAAGAAGAAAAGACAGAAAAAGGAACAAUUAUACCAACAUAAACCAGCUCUGGUUUGUGUGGCGCAAUGCAAAUGAUGUAAUGUAUACUCCAUACUUUUGAUAUCCUAAUUAUUAUAAUGGUGGUAUUAAAGAUGCUA